AUGCUGACGUGGACGGAUGGGUUCUACAACGGCGAGGUAAAGACGAGGAAGAUCUCCAACUCUGUGAAGCUGACAGCUGACCAGCUCGUCAUGCAGAGGAGCGAACAGCUCCGGCAGCUGUACGAGGCCCUCCUCUCCGGCGAGUGCGACCGUCGCGCAGCGCCGGCACGGCCGGUCGGCUCGCUGUCGCCGGAGGACCUCGGUGACACCGAGUGGUACUACGUGAUCUGCAUGACCUACGCCUUCCGGCCUGGCCAAGGGUUGCCGGGCAGGAGUUUUGCGAGCAACGAGCAUGUCUGGCUGCGCAACGCGCACCUCGCCGACAGCAAAGCCUUCCCCCGCGCGCUCCUGGCCAAGUCGAUUGCGAUCUUUGUUGAAUCAUCAUGA